CUCGUAAUCUCUGUUUCAAAAGAAGCCAAACAAGACCAAGCCAAUUUCCAAACGACCCAAUUCUUAAUGCAUCAUUUCUCGAGCUUUCCAACUACCCCAAAUAUAUAACAACCCAGUUUCACACACUUUUUCCUCGAAGUUUCUGGUGCUUUUGAUUCAUUCUCGUUACCAGGAAAGAAACACAAAAGAAAAGCUAAAGAGAAAAGAGAGAGAGAGAGAUCAUAUGGCAUGCUUUGUACCUUUCAAUAAUAGGAACUUGGAUAUAAGCAUUUUCGUGUUUAGGCCAACAGUAGUACACGUUGAUGAACUUCUUGCUGGGCUCAAGCAAUUCUCUCUGUGCACCGAGACACUUGGUUGUGUACAAAGUUCUAUCUUGCAGAGCAUCCAUGGAAAUAUGAUCAUAUGGUUUGGAGCAUGGCUGAAGAGAUCUUCUGAGAAUAAGGAUUCAUUGACUGCAAGCCUUCUCUCAAUGCUCUCGAACCUAUCAACAAAGGCGACCUUAGUCGAUCACACCUUCUUCGAUGCUUAUGCAGGAGAAUCAAGAGAUGGGUCUUGUGCGGCAAAGUUCUGCACCGGCGACACAGUCUCAAUGAGUGCAGCAGCCUUCAACGGUGCCGGUGACGUUAGCGAUGUCUCUUAUGCAUGCUUAGCUCUCUUCAAGUCUAGUUUCCACAAGAUGGAAGGCGUGAGAUCUGGGGUUUGUUUGAAAUCCCAAACCAACCCAAGCAUUGCUUGUUUCUACGUGUGGAAGUCUCUUCAAUAUUGUUACUCGUGGAUUCUACGCUCGGACCAAAGAAAAGCACUGCUCCCUUAUUUUGAAAGCUACUCUAUCGAUGUUAAGUAUGACAUUUUUAGAGUGGUAUAUGUUAGUGGUGACAAUGAACCCAAGUUUCAGUUCUUCUAUCCUCACCAGAUAUUGGAGCAAACAGCUGGAGGAGAAAGCAAAGAUGAAGGUAAGCUUAGGCAUAGUGCUUCCAUUAUCUGAUCAAGAACUAUAGUAAACGGGCGACGGUACUGAUAAUUCUUUUGUAAACCAUAUACUAUGUAUAUUAAUAAAUUUUUAUAAA